AUGCGGGGCGGAGAUGCACACAAUCGAACUCGAGACAGCGAUCAGAUUGGGGAUACGGAGAACGUCGCUGCCUCCGUGAUUGAUGGUGAGGCGACGAGACUUGGAGGUGGUUCAUGCGCUGGGGGUAAUGGCGCGACGGGACCGACGCGGAAGGAGAAUGUUGAGCCUCACAUUUUCAAAGGCGCGGUUGCAAAGGGAGAAGAGACGAGGCCUGGUCGCAGCUCCAACAGAGGACGUGAUACGCAGGGCUUGAAGCUGGAUGAGCAGAUGCUAAAGAACCGAAAAACAUGGGAGUUGGCAAAGGAGUCGGGCGUUGUGCUGGUCAACGAGGAAGAAGACAUUAUGGCAAUACUCCAAUCGCAGAAUGAAGAAACCGAACGCAAAAGAAAAUUGGCAAAGCAGAAGGAAAAACUGAGACGGGGGUUACGGGGUGAUGGCAAGGUUGUGACAAGAUUUGAUGUUGCAAGACUUUGGGGGCAAGGUGGUGCAGGCUGGGACUUUGUUGGCUCUGAUAGUGCAGCGGGUGGACUAUUGUUAAUAUGGGAUGAAUCAGUGUUUAAAAAGAAUAAUUGUUAUAAGGAGGAGAGAUGGUUGUGUGUUAAAGGGGUCCUGGUAAAGAAUAAUUACAGUUGUGCUAUUUUCUUGGUUUAUGGUGCACAUAAUAGAGAUGCGAAGCUUCAGGUGUGGGAAGAGAUGAGUUACAUGGUUGGAUUAUGUCAGGUUCCUAGCUGCUACAUGGAAGAUUUUAAUGAAAUAGUGCAUGUGGAAGAAAGGCAAGGUACUGAUGUUCUACCUAGGUCGGCAGAAGAAUUCAGGAGUUGGAUACAAGAUAUGCAUUUAGUGGAUCUACCGCUCACAAAUCGCAAGUUCACAUGGUUUCAGGGACACUCUUGCAGUCGUAUAGAUAGAGCUCUGGUUAGCAUGGAGUGGUUGGAAGAGUUCCUUGAGGCUCGGAUAUGCAGUGAACCAAGGGGCUUGUUAGAUCACUGUCCUGUCAUCUUAGAGUACAUGGGGCAGAGGGUAGGGCCAAGGCCAUUCCGAAGCCUAGAUUUAUGGUUUACACAUGAAGGCUUCCUUAACUUCGUAAAGGAGGAGUGGAGAGGAUUAGGGGAGAUGAAGUUCACAGAUAAGUUGAAGGCUCUGACAGUCCCGUUACGGAAUUGGCAUAAGUCUAAAUUUGGGGAUAUGGACAAGAAGAUUACAAGGUUUGAGGAAGAAAUUAAGAAGAUUGAUGAUUUGGUAAGCACUGGGGUGUAUGACGAAACGAUGGAGGCUAGGAGGAAGGCGCUGGUUACCUGCUGUGAGAGGUGGUAUGCCAGGAAAGAAGUCCAUUGGAAACAGAUGUCGCGGUCUCGGCUGGUCAGGAACCAAGCCAGAAUAAAAAUUGCUAUUAAGGAAUACUACAAAGAGUUAUAUCAACAGGAUAAGUCUCCUUUGAUGAGUUUUAGAGAUGGUCUGGUAAGUAGGAUAGAGCAGGAAGAUUCUGUAAAUCUGGAAGCGCUGCCGACACCUGAGGAGAUCAGAGAAGCUGUGUGGGAUUGUGAGUCCUCUAAGGCACCAAGGUGCGACGGGUACAACAUGAAUUUUGUCAAGAGAUAUUGGGCUGAGAUUGGGCCUACGACUGCAGUGAUGGGGUUCUUUCAAACGUCAAGGUUGCCGACAGACUCUAACAUCACCUGGGUGGCGUUGGCACCUAAGUUCACUGGAGUUAAGGAGAUUAAAGAUCUGUGA